GCGCUCGCCGACCGGCGCACGCGCUCCGCCAGUCCACCACGCGGAGUCGCGUCGCGCAGCUGUCGCGAGCCAACCGGAACACAGCCCAACUAAUCCGUUCGUCAAGUUCAAAGUGCAUCGACAGUGCGUGAGAACAAUUACAACAAUACUAGUAAUAAGACGUAUUACUUUCGACUCGUCAGAGAUCGUUCGUUGCACUGGGUACGAGUGCUCAGUCUGCUCGGUCUACUGGUCUACUGAGUCUACUACGUCUACUGGUCUACUGAGUUCGAAAGCCAGUGAGUGCUGAUCAGUGUUUGAUGGUGUGUUUUUGAAAGUGAAGUUACUGUAGAACUUUAGUUCGCGUGUUUAGAUGAAAAUCGAGAGAAAUGAAGAUUCGAGAGUCGCACCGCACUUGCACGAGACGCUGUGAUGCGUCAUAGGAUGCGGCCACCGCGCCCGCAGCCGCAACCCCUCGCCCACCCGACCCGCAAGCCGCCAGACAGACACAAACUCACCAACUAAUACUAAACAAACUAGUCCUCACAAAAACCAAAGCUAAGUUCAAAUGCUGUGAUACUGGCAACAUAUUUGAACUGUGAUAGAAAACGAAACGAAAAUGGGUGUUCACGUACUGCUGGCAUCCACCGCCUUGAAGACUGUGAGCGUGACAGGGCUGUGGUUGAUACCACUGCUGCUUGGAGCGCUCACCUUCCACAAUUACAACUCUUACGACCCUGAAGCGAAGAUAUUAGAUAAGGAGCCCUUGAAGGAGUACGACUUCGUUGUGGUCGGCGGAGGUUCGGCUGGAGCCGUUGUGGCGAGCCGCCUCAGCGAGGUCAAAUCUUGGAAUGUACUAUUAUUGGAAACCGGUCCUGACGAGAACGAGAUCACGGACGUGCCCUCGCUGGCAGCGUACCUGCAGCUGACGAAGCUGGACUGGCAGUACAAGACGGAGCCCACGCCUCAUGCCUGCCUGGGCUUCAAGAAACGAAGGUGCAGUUGGCCGAGAGGAAAGGUACUCGGCGGCUCAAGCGUGCUCAACUACAUGGUCUACGUGCGAGGCAACAGAUACGACUUCGACCAAUGGGAAUCCUUCGGCAACCCCGGCUGGGGUUACCAAGAUGUGCUCAAGUACUUUAUCAAGUCUGAAGACAACAGAAACCCUUACUUAGCAAAGAGCAAGUACCACGGGAGGGGAGGAUAUCUCACUGUCCAAGAAGCCCCCUGGAGAACGCCUCUAGUAGCUGCUUUUGUAGAAUCUGGUGUCGAAAUAGGAUACGAGAACAGAGAUAUUAACGGCGAGAAACAGACAGGAUUCAUGAUUGCUCAAGGAACGAUAAGAAGAGGCUCCAGAUGCAGCACAGCUAAAGCUUUCCUCAGGCCAGUUCGAACGAGGAAGAAUCUCGACAUAUCUUUAAAUUCACAAGCCACCCGAAUCCUCAUAAAUCCAAUGACUAUGAAGGCUUAUGGUGUGGAAUAUGUGAAGCAUGGAGUAAAGCGAACCGUCUAUGCACGAAAGGAGGUGAUAUUAUCGGCCGGAGCCAUCAAUAGUCCGCAGUUAUUGAUGUUAUCAGGCAUUGGUCCUAAAGAUCAUUUAAGAGAGGUUGGAAUAAAAGUUCUUAAAGAUUUGCCUGUUGGAGAAAACUUACAAGACCACGUAGGAGUUGGGGGAUUAACAUUUUUGGUAGACAAACCUGUUGCGAUAGUCCAAAAUAGAUUCCAAGCUUUUCCGGUAACGAUGAACUAUGUUGUUAACGAGAGAGGUCCUAUGACCACCCUCGGAGGACUCGAGGGGAUUGCGUUUGUGAACACAAAAUACGCGAACUCGUCUGGAUUGUGGCCCGACGUUCAGUUCCACAUGGCACCGGCAUCAUUAUCAUCGGAUAACGGUCAAGUCGUGCGCAAAGUUCUAGGACUAACUGAUGAGCUUUACGAUACUGUAUUCAGACCGGUAGCUAACAAAGACACUUGGACAAUCAUGCCUCUUUUGUUACGUCCAAACACACGAGGGUACGUCAGAUUAAGAAGUUCUAAUCCAUUCCACUAUCCUCUAAUGAAUCCUCGCUACUUUGAGGAUCCAUUAGAUGUAGCUCGCCUCGUGGAAGGAAUCAAGAUAGCUCUACAGGUUGCUAACGCGUCUCCAUUCAAGCAGUUUGGAUCCAGGCUGUACAUGAAGCCUUUGCCAAACUGCAAGCAGCAUAAGUUCAUGUCAGAUGAAUACAUUGAGUGUCAAGUGCGGACAAUAUCUAUGACAAUAUACCAUCAAUGUGGGACGGCUAAAAUGGGUCCUUCGUGGGACCCUGGAGCAGUUGUGGACCCUAGACUGAGGGUCCAUGGUUUAGAAGGACUUAGAGUGAUAGAUGCUAGUAUAAUGCCUACUAUAGUCAGCGGCAAUACGAAUGCCGCAGUCAUAAUGAUUGGUGAGAAAGGUGCUGAUCUAAUAAAACAGGACUGGUUCAACAAAAGACGAUGACAGUGAUUAAAAACUCUUUGUUUACCGUUAAGUUACCAGUAUGUUAAGUAAAUUGUAGUGCUAAAUUAAGUUCCAAAGAUUCGAAGAUGAAGACGAAAAUAAAUAUUUAAUUGUAAUAAAUUUUAAGUUUACGGAGAUAAUAAAAAAAAUUGCUUAUAAAUUGAAGUGAUCAGGGGCCAUAUUAUACAACAAUUCAUAAGUCCUCUAAAAUAUACCUAUUGUUGAUUGCGUAAAAUUUGGACUAUAACCGCAUAAUAGGGUCCCUGUUUAGAUAUUGUAACAGCCUGUUUAGGUAUUGUUUAAUAUAUUUGCGAACAAAUUCACUUCCGGCAAAUUAACAUACAAUGAAACAUCAGUAAAAACUGGUUAAAUCGUACCUGGUAAAUAAGGACUGUACUGUUACGUACAUUAUGUAAAUAUGUAAAUUAGAUAUUAACUAAUACUGUACGAUAGUAAUGUUAUUUAUUUAGUUAGUAUUGCCAUAACAUAAUAUUUUCAUAACAUCACAUUACCUUAUUGAGGCCAUGUCUGUAUCAUGUUCGUUGUUUUUUGUUACAAAUAUAAAAAUGUUAAACGUUUUUGCUGUUUUUUUUUCUGCAA